UUCCUGAAAUGUCAUCAAGUUUUUCAGAAUUUUCAUCAAUUUCAAUUCAAGUCGUAGCAACUACGAACCACGAACCUACCAUCGUCCGAUCGUCGUCGUCGUCGUCGAACGUCGAAGGUAGAGGAUUUUCUUUUGUAUUUUCCUCCUAAAUUCAAAAAAAAAAACACUCACAAUUUUUCCAUCGCGACGGUAUACAAUAUUUUCCUUAUUAUUUUUCCCUUUUUAAAAAUCAACAAAAGAAAAGAAGUUUUUCAAAUUAAACAAAAAAUCAAGUUUUUAAAAAACGAAAGAAAGAAAUAUAAAACUCAUAAAUGGAAACGUAAUUCCAAACCCAACUUAAAAAAAAAUUAUUAUCAAAACGGAUUACGGAGUGUGCAAUGAAGAAAUAGAAAAUUGAUUAAAGUGCAAGAAAUCAAAAAAUAAGAAAAAGAAGUAUACAACAGAAAAGAAAAGCGAAAUCAGUGAAUUUUCUUGAAGGAAGAGAGACCCCCCACUAAUUGGAGAAAAAUGGUUUCACUUAUCAAGAAUCAACUUCUCAAGCAUUUAUCACGAUACACGAAAAAUCUUUCAUCGGAUAAAAUUAAUUUGAGCACAUUUCGAGGUGAAGGCGAAUUAUCAAAUUUACAAUUAGAUGAAAAUGUCCUUACUGAUUUAUUGGAAUUACCAUCGUGGCUAAGAUUGACAUCAGCAUGGUGCAAUCAUGUUUCAUUUCGUAUCAGUUGGACAAAGUUGAAAAGUGUUCCUAUAACUUUGACUCUUGACGAAGUGAAUAUAUCUGUAGAAACAUGUGAUCCUAAUUCAAGAAAUCAAGAUCCUAAUUCACCAGGUUUGCAGCCUAUACAAGUCCCGCCUGGGAAGUAUAGUUUCAUACAUAAAGUUGUUGAUGGCAUAACAAUAAUCGUGAAUACUGUAAACGUAAAGUUCCUAAGUCCAGCCUUUACAUCAACAGUUCAGAUGUCCCGAAUUCGUGUUGAAUCAAAAACACCAAAAUGGGCUACUGCCGAUCUGCGAAUGACACGAUUGAAAGAUCCCCAACGCGGAAUAAUUUUGAUAUUCAAAGAAUUAUCAUGGCAAACAGUUCGUAUUGAGGCGAGUUCAACUCAGGAUAAGACACUGACUCCUUUACGUUUGUUAACAAAUCAAGCUCGUUGUCGAAUAACGAUACGAAAACGAAUGUCAGAUUGUAGUGUUUUAGCAUCUCGAUUGGUUUUGAUUUUGGAUGAUCUUCUAUGGGUACUAACUGACUCACAAUUGAAAGCAGCUCUUCAUUUUGUCGAUUCACUAUCGGGCCUUAUAAAAGCUGCAACACAUGCAACUCAAAAGACCAAAGCACAAAAGAAACUUGAGACACUUCCAGAGUAUCAAGCACAAUUAGCUCAACAAACCCGCCAACAAUCUGAUCUUGCACAUACAUCGUCUACGCAAAAAAUGUUUAAUGCAUUCGAUGUACGUGAGACUUCCUAUCAUUUUUUCAGUCAACGCAUUGAUUUGCAUCUAUGUGAUGAUGAAGGGGAUGGCCGUUCUAGUUAUCCUGAUCUUCAUAAAGGUGGAGCCCUACAGAUCUCUGUGCAAGCAUUUCAAAUUGACUACUAUCCCUAUCACUUGGCGAAAUCUGAUCGAUCUCAUUGGGCAAAAUAUAAAGAAGCUUCUGUUUUACCAGCCCUUUGGCUUAAAGAAUCUCUCAACUCUUUUCGUGAAGCAAUACUUAGUUUAAGUCAACCAAAUCGUCCAUCCACACAUGCCCCUCUCGAACGUAGUGCACCUACAUCGCCUGUAAUGUUAAAUCCAGCCAAUUCAUCCUCUGGUAUUACCACAACCUCAUCGGGACAAUCAACUCCAAUUAAUUCAAGUAGUGCUCCAACAUCACUAUCACAAUCAAUCCAACAAAAAUCAACAUUGGACAAUCUUGCAAAAUUGAUGAGUGCAUGUGUAAUUCUUCGUAUUGAAGAUUUCACUCUCUAUCGAGUAACUACUUCUGGAAAGAAGCAAAUGCCAAAGGAAUUUGUCUCAGCUCAACACAAGAGGAAACCCAAAGCAGGAGACAAAGAUCGUUACUCAUUCCCGCCGGAAAUGCCGAUUGUGCAUGCUGAGUUUACUUACUUUUAUUAUCCAGGAGAUUUUAUAUUUCCACUUCCUCCGUCCAAGGUAUUCGUACACAUCAACCCAUUGCAGGUUCACUUUGAUCUUAGCAGUGUUUUGUGGUUCAAUUCAUUUUCAUUGAAUCUGCAUGAAAGUCUUUUGCGAACAAGUGUUGGAUCUCCCACAGCUUCAGCUUCGUCAGCUGCAUCUUUGUCAGUCAACUCGGAACCCAGUUUUAUGUAUAUGGAUGUCAAGGUAGAAGCAAUAAUGCCUCGGAUUGUAAUCGAAUCAAGCGUCGAUGCACCAAAUCAGAAAGAUCGCCCUAAAAUUAUGCAAAUUCAAAUCUCUCGAUUCGCAUUGACUAAUAUCCGAGAAAUGGGCUCGUCUCGAGCUGAUCUCGCUAAUGCGUUGCAUUCACUUCAGGAGGGAACUUUGGUGUUUGGCAGUGGAUUCCCUUCGGUGAACGGAGAUAUGUGCAUUGUCACAGACCGAAUUCUUUCCCAUGUGGCUGCUAGUGACGUUCCCAAUAUUCAGCAGCCACCACUUAGUGCGUCGGUGUCGUCGCAGAAUCUCUCACGAUACGCAACUUGGUCUGAACCUCGAGAUGUGUGGUGUAUAAAAUUCGAUCCGGUUUGGAUUGAUUUCUUGGGAGCACGAUCUUUGGGACCAAAUAAAUCGAUUCCGUUUGUCGAUGCAGUUCCUGUCACUUUGUGGCUUCAUGGUGGCUCCGAUAGUGCAACGGCUGCGACCACUGCCGCUUCCACAGCAAAAGGUUCUGUUGAGACAAAUAUUCAUCGAAUGGACUAUACAAAUCGAAACUUUGCAACAUUGAACCCAUUUCUCGAUCCAGAGCCACCUGAGACCUCUCCAACAGAUGCUACAUCAUCUCAAAAACGGAGUAAAUCCGCAGAAUCCAGCAACGAAAAAACUGCUGAUAUGCAUGCCAUAGUUCAUAUUUCCAACCUGGUUAGUGUCCAAAUCGAUCACUAUCAGUAUUUGUUUCUUCUUCGUUUGGCCGAAGAGAUGAAUGAGCUUACAACAUUCCUGUCCCUUGACGCUGAACGUAUUCUUCAAAAGCAAAACAUUAAGAAAUCAUUAAUAUUGGGUUGUGUUGUACCACAAGUUGAAGUCACACUGGUGAUGCCGUCCCCAACACCUGGUAAGGAAUCAAGUGGUGGUGAUGCUGAAAGUGUUUUACCCGAUUCAGCUAGUUUGGGUGAUGAUUUACACAUGAAUAGUACAAAUAUAAUCUGGCCAGCGCAUCCACCGCUAGAUCAGAUCAAGCAUAGUACUUUUGGAAGUGUUGAAACACCGUCCCCAGUAACAAAUGAUCCACCUUUUGAUACUGGAAUGCAUGUUUCCAAUCCAAAUACUCAUGGUUAUAAUGUUCAAAUUAAAAGUACACCAACAGUGGCUCCACCAUUACUUCAAAGUCAAGGAUCAAGGGCUGAUUUGGGACUAUCGUCAGCUGCAUCGUCAUCAAAAGUGACCAAAACUAGAAAUUCAAUAACCGAUUCAAGUAUAACCAAGGAAAUUAAUUCUAGUCUAUUGUCAAUGAAAAAGGGCUUCUCUUCCUUUAUGACAUCAAUUGAUUCAGCCAUAAAGUCAGGUAAUCCAAAUGACGAUGCUAGUGAUACAUUUUCAAUUCAAAGUGAUAUAAGUUCGGAUUCGGAGAAUUUUGCAAUUGUCAUGAGUGAUGAUAAAACAACCGAUUGCAUUGAUGUCAUGUUUAGACUUAAUCCGUUUACAACUGAUUCAAAUCUAAAAGCAUCACCUGUUGAAGUAGCCAGUGAAGUUUAUGAAGAACCUACAAAUAAUUAUAAAACAAAUUUAUCCUCACCAUCAGAACCUUCAGAAGCGAGUACAUGGCGUCGAAGAGAUCUAGUGUCAAUGACAACAUUUAGAUUAACAACAGUUGAAGUGAUAAAACAAAAUGAAGGUUAUUCUUCUUCAUUAAGAUUACAAGUAGCUGCAAUAUCCUGCAAUGAAUGUGGUUCAAUACCAUGGGAUGAAUUACAAACCGCUCACCAAUCAACAAAGAAUAAAUUCGGUGCACGUUGUAAAGCAUGGAAUUUGGCACCUUACAAUCCUGAAGCACCACCAUGUGUUCAACUGCGUUUAGAAGAAACAUUAAAUCCACCUGAUGAAUCAGUUGAUAUAACUGAUAAAAAAAGUAUUCAAGAAUGGUUCACAAAUCGGGCUGAUAUUCGACUCAAAGAUAUAUCAUUAGAUUUAUCAAUGAGUACAGUGAUAGGAUUGGGAGAUUUGGCCGAAGAUGAAAUCAUCACCAAACCGUUGCCUUUGAAUAUAUCACUUGAAAAUGUGAAACUUAAUUUGGUUGAAGAUAGACCGCCAGUUAAUAUUACCUCACCGGGGCCAGUUCCAAUAAAUUUAGUCAUAGGUUCAAUGAAAGUCCAACGUGAUGAAAAUGGAGUUUUGCAAAUUCAGCCAAUUGAAAAAGAUAUACAUCAAGAAGCACCAACAACUUCAGUUGCACCCCGUGAUAAGGAUCGAGAUCGUGAAAUUCUGUCCCUGCAGCUAGUCAUGCAACAACUUAAAAUCGACAAUGACAAUGUUAGAAAACAACUCAUCAAUUCGAAAGAGAAUUCAGAAAACUUUAGACAAAAAGCAAAACAAGAAAAUGAUGUCCUUCGAACUUAUUUAAAAGCAGCUCAAGAUGAUAUAACUAUUUUAUUAGAUGAAAAAAAAGCUCUACUCGAUACAAUACGUUCGCUACAGGUCAAAAAUGACGAACGGAAGAAAGCUUCAACUGACAUCAUCGAAUACAAAUAAGAAAAGCGAUGGUAAUAACAGAUAGCAUAACUGCAUGGAUUGCAUCCAAUGUUGCAGUGAAAAUAAUAAUCCAUGAUUAGAACCUAAAAUUCAGAAUUCAAAUUUCCUACAUGAUGUUUUUAAAAUGUGCUAUCGCUAAAAAACAAAACAAAUCAAAAACUAAAAAAAAAAACAAAAGAAAAAGAAUAAGAAACUUUUUUCCUAUAUAAAAAUAGCAUAACGCUUUAAAAUGAAAACACACAUAAAUAAGUUAUAAAACUACGUACUACAUUAUUUCUUCUAUUAAAUUAAAUUUAAUAACAAUUAAAGUUUAAUUAAUUUAAAGAAAAAAAUAAAUAAACAGCAACAAAUUGAAAAAGAUAAAAAAAACACGAAAUACAAAAUGCCAAAUUUUAAGUCUGAUAUAAAUUUGCUGUAACUUGAUUUUACUUAUUAAUUGCAAAACUAUAAAAAAAAAAAAAACAAAAUACAAGCGUUAUCAACGAUUUCAUUGGAUGAACUACUUUUUGAUUUCUCAAAAAAUUAAAAAAAAAGCUAAACGCAUAUAUUAUACGAAAUUAUAAAGAAGAUAAUUUUAAAAAUUUUCUUAAAAAAAACAUAUUUAGACGAAAAAACACUUUAAUUGUAAAAAAUUCAAAUUAAUAAUAAUAAUUUUUGUAUUGUCCGUUUUCUUAUAUUCAUAAUUAAGACUGAGAAACCAGAAAAAAAGUGUAAAAAAAUUGUUAAAUAAUUUGCCUCUUUCAUAUUUUGCUUUUUUGUUUACUUUGUAUUUUUUCUAAUUCGAAUUUUUAUAAAGUUAAAUUUAUUAAGAAAGAAAAAAAAAACGAUCGUAAAACAAGUGUUGUAAAUUUUGAAAAGCUUUACUAGUAGUUAUUUAUAUUCAAAAUUCAAAACUUAUACAAAAUUAAUGUGUGUAAUUAUUUCUCUGACAAAACAAAAACAAAACAACCUGUUCAACGUUGAUAUUAUCAAAAAUCUAAACGUAGGACAUUGCAUUCCUUUUUCAUUCCAAAAUGUUUUUUUUUUGUUUCUUUUAUAAGAGUUGUGCUUGUUGAUUAGAAUUAGCAAUUAAAAGAAAAAAAAGUUGUUAUAUGUUAUACUUUUUUUAAGCUGGCAUUACUAAAACUACAUAAAAUACAUACAUUAAAUAGAUACAAACUUUUUCUGGUAAAUGAUAACUUAACAUUAAUUUUCGUGUUAAAAAACAAAACAAAAUAUUAAUUCAUUAUUUAGAAAAAUUAUUGGGAACGGUCGUGAGUAAAUUUUCCUUUGGGAUUAAUCUAUAUCUUCCGAAAUCGAGAACAAGGAAGCUAAAAUAUAUUUUCUCUGGGUAUUCAGUUCUUGUGGGACUCUGGCUCUUAAUUUGAGCUUAAGAUAUAAAUAAGAGCAUUUACAAAUCUCGUCAAUGAGAAAUAUUGCGUGGGAAAUUCUACCCACUUAGGCCCCUUCCCAUUAUGUAUAGUUCUUAAAUACUUUCGAUAAAUGUGAUUUCUCUUCAAAGAAAAAAAAACUAAAUAAAUAAACUUUUGUUCUGU